UUUUUUAAAAACCGGAAGUGAGGGAUCUCUGCGUUAGAAAGUGUUUAGCUGCGAAAAGUUUUUACUUUUGAGGAAUUUAGUGAUUAGGAAGUGAUUUAGAGCGAAGUUACAGUGUGUACUGAGUAAACAACACCAUCGGAGAUACUUCAGGGGUUGAUUGAAGUUCCCUGUGUCAGUGCUUAAGGAUUUAAUUCGUAUAAAGUUUGUGUGUGUGUGAGUUUGUGUGAGAGUGUGUGUGAGAGAGGGUGUGUAACUGUGUGUGUGUGUAACUGUGUGUGUGUGUAAGUGUAAGUGUGUGUAACUGUGUGUGUGUGUGUGUGUGUGUGUGUGUGUGUGUAACUGUGUGUGUGUGUGUGUGUGUGUGUGUGUGUGUAAGUGUGUGUAAGUGUGUGUGAGAGAGAGAAGAUGCCUCUUGCGCAGUUCGCAGAUCCGUGGCAGAAACCGCAGCUCCGUCUUCUGGAGAAUGAAGUGAUUGAUGACACAAUGGGGGAGGAGGAAGCUCCGCUUACUGAUGAAUGUCCAGUGAAGGAGAUCACAAUCACACACCUGGUGAAGGAAGGAUCAGAGAGAGCAGAACCAAAACACUUUGAUCUCUGCAAAGUCCUCGGGCAGGGAUCAUUUGGCAAGGUUUUCCUUGUGAGAAAGGUAACAGGGCCUGAUGCAGGACAGCUCUACGCCAUGAAGGUCCUCAAAAAAGCGACACUGAAAGUGAGAGAUCGUGAAAGGACAAAAAUGGAGCGCGACAUCCUGGUGGAGGUGAAUCACCCUUUUAUCGUCAAACUGCAUUAUGCCUUUCAGACGGAGGGGAAACUCUAUUUAAUCCUGGACUUUCUGAGAGGAGGAGAUUUAUUCACACGCCUUUCUAAAGAGGUAAUGUUCACUGAGGAGGAUGUGAAGUUCUAUCUCGCUGAAUUAGCUUUGGCUCUGGAUCAUUUACAUGGCCUGGGGAUCAUCUACAGAGACCUCAAACCUGAGAAUAUUCUUCUGGAUGAUCAAGGUCAUAUUAAACUCACUGAUUUUGGCCUCAGUAAGGAGUCUAUAGAUCAUGAAAAUAAGGCAUACUCAUUUUGUGGAACUGUGGAGUACAUGGCGCCCGAGGUGGUGAACCGCAGAGGCCACUCCCACAGCGCUGACUGGUGGUCGUACGGUGUCUUAAUGUUUGAGAUGUUGACUGGAAUGCUGCCAUUUCAGGGUAAAGAUCGUAAAGACACCAUGACGAUGAUAUUAAAGGCGAAGUUGGGGAUGCCACCAUAUCUAAGUUCUGACGCUCAGUCUCUUCUGCGCAACCUGUUUAAAAGAAAUCCUGGAAAUCGACUUGGGGCUGGACCUGAUGGAGUUGAGGAGAUCAAAAGACAUCCAUUCUUUGCUACCAUUGACUGGAAUAAACUUUUCCGCAGAGAGUUAAAGCCACCAUUUAAACCAGCGAUUGGUCGACCAGAUGACACCAUUUACUUUGAUGCUGAGUUCACCGCCAAAACUCCGCGAGACUCCCCUGGUGUGCCACCCAGUGCGAAUGCUCAUCAGCUCUUUAGAGGGUUUAGUUUUGUAGCAGUUGGAGCUGAAGAGCUAAAUGAACCUCCUAUACAGACCAAUACUAACAUUAGCACAGUGCUGCAGCAUCGCAGCACAUUAGUGUUCGGUGAUGUGUAUGAUGUGAAGGAGGACAUCGGUGUCGGCUCAUACUCCAUCUGCAAACGCUGCAUACACAAGAGCACAGGCAUGGAGUAUGCUGUGAAGAUGAUCAAUAAAGAGAAGAGAGACCCUGCAGAGGAGGUGGAGAUUCUACUGAGAUAUGGACAACACCCUAACAUCAUCACACUCAAAGAUGUGUAUAAUGAUGGACGCUCAGUGUUUUUGGUCACUGAGCUGAUGAAAGGCGGUGAGCUGCUUGAUAAAAUCCUGCGUCAGAAGUUUUUCUCAGAACGUGAGGCCAGUGCUGUCUUACACACCAUCACCAAGACUGUGGACUAUCUGCAUACACAGGGGGUGGUGCACAGAGAUCUAAAGCCCAGUAACAUACUUUACGUGGAUGAGUCGGGGAAUCCUGAGUCCAUCCGGAUCUGUGACUUCGGAUUCGCAAAGCAACUGAGAGCUGAGAACGGCCUGCUGAUGACCCCAUGCUACACUGCUAACUUUGUUGCUCCUGAGGUGCUGAAAAAGCAGGGCUAUGAUGAGGCAUGUGAUAUCUGGAGUCUGGGUGUGCUGCUCUACACCAUGCUCACAGGGUUCACUCCAUUUGCUAACGGUCCUGAUGACACACCUGAUGAAAUCCUGUCUCGCAUCGGCAGUGGAAAGUUUUCUCUCACCGGAGGCUACUGGAACUCUGUAUCCAAUGAGGCAAAGGACCUGGUGUCUAAGAUGCUUCAUGUUGAUCCUCAUCAACGACUGACAGCGUCCCAGGUGCUGCAUCACCCCUGGAUCAUCCACAAAGACCGGCUUCCUAAAUUUCAACUCAACCGCCAUGAAGCGCCACAACUUGUUAAAGAAGCAAUGGCUGCUACGUACUCUGCUCUGAACAGAAACGUGUCUCCAGUGUUGGAUCCUGUUGGUUGCUCCACGCUAGCACAACGUCGUGGCCUCAAAAAGCUAACCUCAACUGCUCUCUGACCUCUGAACUUUUGACCCCUCAGCAUAAAUCCAAAUCCUUACAAAAUAGUGAUUCUGCAGGAAACUUUGCGUUUUAUUAGAGAUCAGCGAUUUUAAUCUGUUUCUAUGGCAAUUCGUUUUAUUGGGAGCAAGAAAUGACAUUCUGAAAAGUGUUUGUGAUCAGAUUUCACUUUUACACCUUUUUACACGUUUUUUGUUUGUUUCAGGAAAAAAUAGUGUGUGUGUGUGUGUGUGUGUGUGUGUGUGUGUGUGUGUGUGUGUUGAUUCUCAGUUUCAGUAAAUAUCAAAUUAGUGAUUCUGGUCUUGUCAUGACAUCAAGCUUUUAAUAAGUUGUUUUAAUAACUUGUUGUCAUGGUUACAGUGAGUGAUUGUGACUGAUAUUAAAGACAUUAAGCACAAUCAGAUGCAAGGCUUUAACAGUUCUACCCUUUUGUGUUUGUAGACAAAAACGUCCACUAAAUUAAACUUAUAUAAGCAUGUAUCAGAUUAACAGAUUUAUGCAAAAUAUAUAUAUAAAGUAUUAAUCAACCUCAGUUCUAAUCAAAAAAGUACUAAAUCUUUAAAAAAAAAACAAUUACUUUUUAUUUACUAAUUAAUUGAUGUCUCAAAUUUGCAUAAUAAUACACAUAUUGACAUAUUUUAUUUUUUUACCUUUUAUUACACUUGAAUAUGUCAAAGACGACUAAAAACAUUGGCUUUUAUGCAUUGUUUUUGUGCAGCAUUAGAUUUUAAUUAUUUCUCCCUCAUUUAUAGAUCAGGGCUGUUGAACUGAAAUGACAAAUUUUACCUCUCAGCAGAUGGAACCAUUAACAAGCAAGAAUGCAUGUUUUUAGUGAUGUCAUGGCCAUGCAAUGAACAAAUGUGCUUAUAUUGGCUGUCACUGGGGACGUGAAAAAAUUCCAAUCUGAUGCUGCACAAAAGCUAACAAUGCAAUCCAAUGUUGUUAGUAAACUUUGACAUGUCCAAGACUCUAAUAAUGUAUAAAGAAAAAAUCCAGUUUGCUUUUAUUAUAUUAAAAAUUAGUCAUUUUUUGUGUAUUUUUAUGUAAAUUUGUGACAUCAUUAAUUACAUUAGUAAUUAAUACGUUUUUAAAAAUGUGGUUCAUUAACAGAUUUAUGCAAAAAAAAUGUAUUGUUUUUUUAAAUAAAAUUAAUUUCAUUACAUUUAUGGACAUUUUUGUUCUCAAAGCACACGUAUGGGUUUAAACUCAAACAUUAUACAGUAAACUGUACUAUAACAUUAUAGACCGGGUCAAAAUAUUCAAAAUACUCUUUCAAAAGUACGCUGUAUAAACGUUUGUCCCAAAAAGUCAUUACUCUAGCUGACAUUAUGCCCCUGAAUGGACAAAAAUGUCCUAAAGUCGGGUCCAGAAGUGUUUAUGUAGUGUAACUGAUUAUCAACUUGUGCACACACACACACACACACACUCUUGUUUGAUAUCACAUCCUUUUGUCUGUAUGUAUAAGUGAUGUACUGUAGAUGACACGGUGAUGGGAUUGUGUGUGUGCUGUUUUUUUAUAAUGUCCUUUUUUCCAUUUCCUGUAUGUUAUUUUGGUUAUAUGUGAUGUGAUGAUCAACAGAUUAAGUAGAUUUUUUACACACUUUGUAAAAAGGCUCACACUGACACACACUCUGCACUUUAAUGUGUAUUUGUUACUCAGAUGAGUGUUUAUCAGGUCUGAGUCACAUGACUGUUCAUGAUUUUCACACUUGGGUGUGUGUCUGUGUUACAGCAAAACCUGUUCUCCUUUCUUUGUGAUUUUAAUCAUUUUUCUUACCACUCUAGUGGACAAUCAGAUGUUAUUAAUAAUAAAUGUAAUCAUAAAAUUCAUUACUGUAAGAAAUAAAAAAAUGUAAGAAAUAAAAGGAUGAUGGUGAA